AUGUAUGAGCCCGUAGAUGAAGGCCAAAUAUACAGAAAUGAGUCCCACGAGAGGCUCGGUGAAGAGGAGGCGAAGCGGUUGUGCGAGCACCGCACAGAGGAGGAAUCCUGCGAAGCCCAUUAUGCUGCCGAGCCAGGCCGUACAGCGCCAACCGAGGCUAUACUGACAGAUGAAGCCGCCCACCGAGGGCGCCAACAUGGGUCCUUCAGGAUGUUCAUGCUGAAGAUACAAGUUGCGGGCCCGCGGGUCGGUCCGUCAAAAAGGUCGGCAAACUCGGCGCCGGCAAUAGUCAUGGGUGACUCGGGCAAAAUACCUGCCCAGAAAUGGCACAGCAUGACGGUCUGGACAUUCGUAGCCGCUGUAACGCCUAGAGAGAAGAUGGCAAAGCCUAGGAUCCCCGAAAAGAUGACCCCUCGACGGCCUUUCUGCUCGGAGACCUGGGCCCAGAAAACAGCGUCGCUACCUUGGCGGUUCCUCGUUAGAUCACCAGAUGAUUACCAGGCUCAGGCGUGCCCUCCAUACCAACAUGGCAAUGGCCUUUGCCGCAAGAAUGGCUUCGGCAUGGGCUUCGUCUGUCGCGGCGGCUUCCGCAAACGCCGGAUGGUGGCUGGAAUAUUCGGCAAUGUUGGAAUCUCAAAGACGCCGUGGAAGCUGAGGACUUUGAAUCCAAUGCCAACGGCCAUCAACCUACCCAUAACUGUAGACGUGAUGGCUAUCGUAGGCUGUCGCAUCAGGACAUGGCGUCCAAGUGCUUCCAUCCCGGCCGUGUAUAUCUCACAGAAAGUAUCGUUAAUGACAGGUGCUCGAGGCCCUGGUGGACCCCAGGGCGUGGUUCUCGGUCUUGAUCAUGUUGUGCGCCAACAUCCCCAACGGGGGGAUCAGCAACGGGUUCUUUGUGGUGACCGCCACAUUGGAAGCUCCUAUUUAACCAAUACGCGCACACUCUGGAUGGCAGCCUACACGGUCAUUGCUGUAGCUGGCGCAGUUAUCAUUCGCCAAGUAGACAACUCGCUUAUCUGGGCGCGAUACUCGGGCUACUGUUUGCUGUCUGCCUACACAGUCAACUUUCCACUGCUGCUCUCAAUGCCUCGAAUGCUGCAGGGCUCACCAAAAAAACGACCGUCAACUCACUACGUCUCACCUGUCCCCGUCCUCUCUGAGAAAGGAGAUUCUAAUCAGGACAGACGUUUGUCGCCUACUGUGCAGGGAACAUUAUCGGUCCCCAGCUCUUCUGAAGAUGAGUCUCCUAGUUAUCCCUCUGGCUUUGCGUUAUGCUAG